AAUAUAUCUAAAAGAGGAAGUGGGCUGUCGGUCGUUUAAGAUUGUAGAUCAUGGAUAUGUUUAGCUAGCAACGCUAAACUUUAAUCUUUAAAAUAAUACAUCUGCGUUAAUAAUUUCUAGCCUUUUGAGUUUUUUCCACACAGUAGCCGCACCAGAAUGAUAGACGACUUCGAGAAACAGGAGGUUCGGUCCAGCGGGGAGCUUUGGUCCGAGAUCUGCUCCAGCCUGCCGGAGGUGCAUACUGAGGCGACCCCGGAGAGCAGCACAGACUUCAAAGACUCAUUUCACCCGCCUGUGCAGGUUAAUGGACAAGCAAAUGGGACAGAUACCAGUCCAUCCAGUGCCAAAUGGGAACCCAUGGAGGAUUCUGAGAUUUACAUAGCCACUCUAGAAAACCGCCUGAAGAAGAUAAAGGGCCAGUCCAGUGAUGUGACCUCCAGGGACAUGCUGCACUCCUUGUCUCAAGCCAAGAAGGAAUGCUGGGAUAGAUUCCUACACGAUACCCAGACCUCAGAGCUCUUCCAAGGGGGUGACAUGGAUGAGAGUGCUCUCGAACACUUCAAGAGGUGGUUGAUUCCAGAGAAGGUGGCCAUCAGUGCGGAAGAGCUGGAAUAUCUCCUGAGGCCCUCCCAGAAUAAGGAAUCAGCAGAGUCAGACCAAAUGCAAAACGGAGAGGACGCAGAGGCAGAGAUGCAGAAACCGGAUGAAGAUGACGCUCACAAGCCAGAGAAAUGAGUGAAUUAAAAUGGUAACAUGGAAAGAAGAACUUACUUCCUAUAUAGUCGGUAAACGUGACUUCCUGCUCUCACAUUGUGUCAUUGCAGUGUUUUGGCUAAAGCCUUUGUUAUCAGCGAUUAUAGCCUCUCAUCACUGUCUGUAUCCCCAGCAACUGAGUGUUAAACACUUAUUAACUCACAUGCAUUUUGUCCUCUCUAUUCAGUGACACUGCACCUUGAGAACACCUAAUAAAGAGCUUGAAAUGAUACCUUUUUAUCCUCUAGCUGUAGUCCGUGUCUCCUACUAUGUUUACGAGACUGGCUCUUAACUACAUAUGCAGAUGUUCAUUGAGGACCAUAUGCAGUGUCACAUGAGAAGUGACGUUAACGAUGCAUUCAUUUGUCAAAAUGUUAUUUUUCUGUCAUUAAAAAGCUGACAUCCUAAAUUAGAAUGGAUGUAAUUCAGUCCAGAAAAAUAUUGUAACAUACUGUGUAACAUUUUGUUAAUUUCAUGUAGAAGGUUUUAAUGAUGUUUCAAUAAAAUAUUAAAAAAUGG